AUGAGUGACCCUCGGGAGCCCUCUUACUCCAUCGUGCCGAGAAUUCGGUACAACACCGUCGGCGGUGUCAACGGACCCCUCGUCAUCCUCGAGAAUGUCAAAUUCCCCAGAUACAACGAGAUUGUCUCCCUGACCCUGCCCGAUGGAACCAACAGACAGGGUCAGGUUCUCGAGGCUCGAGGUGACCGAGCCGUCGUCCAGGUCUUUGAGGGAACAUCAGGCAUCGAUGUUAAGAAGACGAAAGUCGAGUUCACCGGCCAGAGCUUGAAGCUUGGUGUGUCGGAGGACAUGCUGGGUCGUAUCUUUGACGGUUCCGGACGUGCUAUCGACAAGGGCCCCAAGGUCCUUGCUGAGGACUACCUCGACAUCAACGGCAGUCCCAUUAACCCCUUCUCCCGUGAAUACCCCGAGGAGAUGAUUUCGACCGGUAUUUCUGCCAUCGACACCAUGAACUCCAUCGCCCGUGGACAAAAGAUUCCUAUUUUCUCUUCGUCUGGUCUGCCGCACAACGAAAUUGCCGCCCAGAUUUGCAGACAGGCCAGUUUGGUCCAGAAGCAGGGUGUCACCAACAAGGGUGUCCACGACGGCCACGAGGAGAACUUCUCCAUUGUCUUCGGUGCCAUGGGUGUCAACUUGGAAACCGCCAGAUUCUUCACCCGCGAUUUCGAGGAGAACGGCUCUUUGGAGCGUGUCACCCUUUUCCUUAACCUUGCCAACGAUCCUACUAUCGAGCGUAUCAUCACUCCUCGUCUCGCGCUUACGACCGCCGAAUACUACGCCUACCAGCUCGAGAAGCACGUUCUCGUUAUUCUUACUGAUUUGUCCGCUUACUGCGACGCUCUUCGUGAGGUCUCAGCCGCCCGUGAAGAAGUCCCGGGUCGUCGUGGUUACCCCGGUUACAUGUACACGGAUUUGUCCACCAUUUACGAGCGCGCCGGUCGUGUGGCGGGUCGCAACGGUUCCAUCACCCAGGUUCCCAUUUUGACCAUGCCCAACGAGGAUAUCACUCACCCCAUUCCCGACUUGACGGGUUACAUUACGGAGGGUCAGAUCUUCGUCGACAGAGGCCUUUACAACCGUGGUAUUUACCCGCCCAUCAACGUUCUGCCGUCUCUGUCUCGUCUCAUGAAGUCUGCCAUUGGUGAGGGCAUGACCCGCAAGGACCACGGCGAUGUUUCCAACCAGCUCUACGCCAAGUACGCCAUCGGUCGUGACGCCGCUGCCAUGAAGGCUGUCGUCGGUGAGGAGGCUCUGUCAGCUGAGGACAAGCUUUCUCUGGAGUUCCUCGAGAAGUUUGAGCGCCAGUUCAUCAACCAGGGCCAGUACGAGGCUCGCACCAUUUACGAGUCUCUCGACCUGGCAUGGAGCUUGCUCCGUCUCUACCCCAAGGACCUGCUCAACCGUAUUCCCGGCAAGGUUCUCAACGAGUUCUACCAGCGUGCGGCCAAGGAGGCCAAGGACAAGGGCAAGCAGAGACAGCAGGUGCAGCAAAACGAGGAGAACCUGAUUGACGCAUAA